AAGCUGCUCUGUCCCACAUUUAAACUAUAUUUAUCAGUUCAAAAUUCAGUUGAAAUAAAGGAAAAGAAUAGUCCCAUCAUCAUGAUUAAGUACACGCAGGUGCAGUUGCGCAAUGACUCGUACGAGCCGGAUCUGCGCUCGGAGGGCACCUACAUCUGUCAGUUUCCCAAGCCGCCACCGCCGCCGCCCUUUGGCGACACAGGCACCUGGCAUGGACAUCUGGAGCCGCAUGAGCGUCUGUUCUACCAUCAGACAAUGAACUCGGUGCGCUACAGCAAGCGUUAUCGUGCCAAUCCGAAUGUACCCAAGGAUUCGCUGGACUUUCAGCUGCAAUCGCGCUACGAUCAUGGUCGCGAGUGCUUCCCGGAGAAGGUGGACUCGGUGCUGCAGCGCGAGACGUGCAUGGCCAUCUGCAGUUGGUCCGCGCCUGGCGGUGCCAAGGAGAUUGGCGCUAAGCAUCAAUCAUUUCGAGUGCUGCGCAAUACGCGCGUUAUACGCCGCAAACAAGACGAUGCUUUGGGUCAUCCCCUGCGCGUUGGCGGCUGCAUUGAAAAGAUUCAUCCGCAUAGCGUCAAGCUCAUCUGCAGCGGCGUCCACAAUCAACUGGUCAACAAUGGCUUCUCACGCCAGACCUCCGAUGGCAACUUUUUCCGCUAUUAAGCUUCGUAGCGAAGCUUACAUAUAU